AUGGCAAAGAGCAAGAAUGCAUCUACAGCUGAGGUAACUCCUCGUGGUUACACUCCCAAGGAUGAAAUUGAAUAUGAAUUUGGUGGUCCUCUUGGUGCAUUGGGUAUGAUUGUUGGUUUCCCACUUUUGAUGUGGUACAUGUGGAUCAGCGCUGAGUUCUACCAAGGCAAUCUCGCAUGGCCCACGGGAGACCAAUCAUGGGGCUAUUUUUUACUUUUGCAAUGGGAAUUGUUCAAACUCAAUGGAUUGCCAACUUUUGCAACAUGGGCAUUUUUUACUGGUUUCAUUGUAUUGCAGGGUAUUUUUUACUUGACUUUACCGGGAGUUUGGACUAAAGGACAGCCAUUGGAACACUUGGGUGGUAAACAAUUGCCAUAUUUCUGUAAUGCCGUUUGGUCCUUUUACACCUCUGUUGCAUUAUCAUUAGUCUUGCACUUUACCGGAUUGAUUCCAGCUUAUUACAUGUUGGAUAACUUUGGCAGAAUCAUGACUGUGGCCAUUAUCUAUGGUAUCGUCUUGUCAAUUUUGUUGUACUUGUGGACUCUUUACAUUUCUGGUGAUUACCACAGGAUGACCGGUAACCACAUUUACGACAUGUUCCUUGGUGCACCAUUGAACCCUAGAAUUGGGAAGUAUCUUGAUUUGAAGAUGUUUUUCGAGGUCCGUAUCCCAUGGUUUAUCUUGUUCUUUUUGAGUUUGGGUUUGUGUUUUAAACAAUACGAGGAAUAUGGAUAUAUUACUUCCCAAGCUUUGUUCUUGUUGUAUGCUCAUUGGUUAUAUGCAAAUGCAUGUGCCAAAGGUGAAGAACUUAUUGUGCCAACCUGGGAUAUGGCAUACGAGAAAUUUGGAUUCAUGUUGUUGUUCUGGAACAUUGCUGGUGUGCCAUUUACCUAUUGUCAGUGUACCUUGUUCAUUGCUUACCACCAUCCAAGUGAGUACAGUUGGUCCACGCCAUACGUUGCAUUUUUGUUUGUCACAAUCACAGUAGCAUACUACUUUUUUGACACUGGGAACCGCCAAAAGAACAGUUUUAGAAGAACAAUGGCAGGCGUUUCUGGAAUCAGGAAAACUUUUCCAUACUUGCCAUACUCAGAUUUGGUCAAUCCUAAAUAUAUCAAGUGUGAAAAUGGCUCGGUAUUGUUGACAGAUGGAUGGUAUGUUUAUGCAAGAAAGAUGCACUAUACUGCAGACUAUAUUCAAACCUUGACCUGGGCUUUGAUUUGCGGUACACAAUCUUUAUUGCCAUGGUUCUUCCCAUUAUUUUUCCUCAUCAUCUUAAUCCAUAGAGCAUACAGAGAUCAAAGAAAAUGCGAGAGGAAAUAUGGUAAGGACUGGGAUAGAUACUUGGAAAAAUGUCCAUACAUGUUUAUCCCAUACGUUUGGUAA